AUGGCUUCGUCAACGCCCGACUUCAAUAUGGGUGCUCUCCUGGAAUCAUUAUCUGUUGCCUUGGCGGGUAUCAGACGCGCAGACCUUAGGCUAGGUCAACCGGGUCUUAUUGCUGCGAAAAUCGAUGCAACUCACACCAUCAACUCCACUGGGAAAAAUCCAGAACAAAUUGCGUUUGGAAUUGUGCAAGCCAAGACCGACCAGAGGUUGGAAUCGAAUGCUCAGGUGUCUAAUAUACAAUCUACCGUGCUAGUACGUUGUAUAUACGUACAAUGCAUUCGGUGGAUUCAUUGACGCACAUUUAUGUCAGGCAUUAGAUUUUGGAGUUUUGCUUCAAAUUAGAGUGUCUGACGUCUCCUAUCCUUUUGGAGCGAUCGUGGACCGUGAGGUGUGCAGGAUUCACAUCAUUAACGGGGGAAGUCAUCUCAAAACUCGUCACUUGACAGAUCGAUCUCCGA